ACAACGCAGAGAGGCGGCAGAAACAUCUCUCAAUAUCAAAGAAACAUUCUGGAAAAAGAAUAUGAGAAAUGUAAAUGUAUCACUAAUGAUAACAAAGAAAGGAUAUUAUUGGCAACAGGUCUUGAACUGAAGCAAAUAAAGGCCUGGUUCCAAAACAGGCGAACGAAAGAGAAAAAAGAGCAAGGAAGA